AUUUGAUGUCAUUUAUCAGUUGAAAUGUCGAUAUUUUUCGAUUUCGAAGUAGGAUCGAGUGGUAGAAGAUUUAGAAGAGCAGUGGACAGCGAUAAAUACGAUAUAGAACUGUUUCUGAAUCGACAACAUACGGAUUUACUAUUUGGCGAUGUUGAUAUUGGAAGUUUGAUUGAAUUAUGUACGUUAUCAAUAUGCAUGAUAAACGAGAACAAGGAAGUAGUUGGUUUCAUGGCUCUGUGCGAUCAUCCAGAUAUCCCGUGUGUGAACCCAGCAGACUGGGAGAUAUGGAUUAGGAACAUGUUCCAGAAAUACUACCUUUCCCGGAACACUUUGUUCAUCCAUUUCAUGUGCUGCGAUGAUUCAAUGACUGAAUUUUUCCUAGAAGAAGCGCUGAUUUCGGUGUUCCUUAACGAUUUCUAUCUGACCUUCAUUGUUUUGGUGGUCCCUCCUGGAUGUCCAGAUGAUAUUCUAAUGAGAUAUGACACAUUUAAGAAACGUAACAUAUAUAGAUAUUAUUCGAAAGGUAGCGACGACAUUGAUGUGAACCAUUAUUUGUACACUGCAAUGCGACAGGAAUUUUGUCCUAGAUUGACCAUGCGACGUGCUGUAGAAGAAGAUAAUGACGAUAUAGUAGAAAUUUUGGAUAAAAAAUGUCCACGGCUUAAAGAGUUGUAUGGAGAAUAUUAUAUAAGCGAGAUUAUUGGACGACAUCCCGAGAGCCAGAGGAAAGUCAUCGUGGCCGAUCACCAAGAACACGCGGUCGGAGUGAUGUGCCUGAACUCUGAAGUAAACUAUAAGAAAUUGAGAAGCAUUUACGAGCUGCAACCUUACUUUGGCUUAAUGAAAGCAACGCCUUUAGAAAAAGAACAGUCUAAACGCACUAAUACUUUGCUCAAAACUUUUGGAGAACCGAUAAUGCUUGGUCAAUGGAGUCCCUUUGAACAUAAUAUGAAAAUGGAAGAAAGUCAUAUGGACGAUGACUUGGAAGCAUCAAGCGAACACCUUGAUUCUCAACCGAAAAAGAUUAGCAAAGUUAACUUUAGGCGCAACGCAGCGAUGAGGCGCAGUAUGGACCUCAUUAUGUACAGACAGCAGCAUUCGGACGACAUUAGCGAUAAUAUUUACAUGAAUUCACCCUCAAUGCCUCGGUCUCCGAGAUAUUCAUUCGCGAAGUAUUUGCUGGAAGACGAUCCUUUCGACUAUGAGAUUGUGAAUAUUGAUAAAAAACUGCUCUCCGUGCCUGACGUUGUUUCUUAUGAUUUGCUAUCGAAAACAACCGAAAGCGAAGAACGUAUGAAAAGAAAUGAAAUAUCGAAACCCAAAUGUAGAAGACGUUCUAUAUUCAAACCAAUGAAAACUGAGGAACUCGAACAGUUCAGCUAUCAAGGAGGACCCAACGCUUUUAUUAUUGAGUUGAUCGGUUUAAGAAAUGAUAUAGAUGAUAGAUAUGCUUUUGAUAUGCUUCAGGCAGCGUUCGAGGUGAUGAAGGAUUAUGAUUAUUGCAUUAUCAGUAUUCCAUCAGCUGACAAGAGUUUUCCGUUGUUGCAACAUUUUUGUUUUGUUCCUUCAAGACCGCAUAUUUGUUGCGACUACGCUUUGUAUGUAGCGCACAGAGCUUCUGUUCUUGGAAGGCUAAGAGUUCGAGAAGCGGAGUUCAUAGACGUUCCAGAAAUAGCUCGUAUGUUAAACGAGUUAGAUGGGAAAGAGACGCUGUGGACAAUAGAAAACAGUGUUGUGAAUAAAAGAGAACAUCUGGCAUACGUGCUUACGAGCGGAUUGUCUAUUGUUGGUGUCGGGAUUCUGGAGCAACCAGAACACCUCAAUUUCAUACGAACAAAAUUCAACAUAGACCCAUACCACAACCACAAGUAUCAUUACAAAGGACACGGAAGAAACACUGGUUUUGCAACACUUAAAGUGGUCUUAGCUUAUUCAGUGUUCGAGGCGCAUUUCAGGUUCUUUGCGAGGGACAUCAUGCGAUUAUCUGGAAGUAGCACUUUGAUCUGGUUGACUGGAUACAGAAAUAAAUGGUAUGCCCACAAAGCGAAUUCGAUGGCUUCGGCUAUGAUUCCACUGUUGCCUAGAAAAACAGAGAUAGACAGAUCCGCUGUGCCUGAUCUCAAGAAAACUGCUAUACUGUCGAAGAAUAUAAUGGCAUUCAGCACUUGGUUUAUAAGCAAGAAAUUUACGAGCGUGCCCAAGGCAAACAUCGACGCGCGCAUUGUUGUAGUAGGUGCAUCGAGGACUGCUAAGGCUUUUCUCAAUUCUUUACUUUUUAGUGAUGCCUCAUCCUAUUUGACAUUCACAAAUGUGACACUUCUGUCUAAAAACGGAUUACCUUACACGAGACAUUCAAUGGCCGUUACUGAUAAAAUGUUUCCACAAAGGCAUAGAAAUACGGAGAAAUAUUUGAAAAGUAUCCCGUAUACUUAUUACGUGAAUGUCGUCCAAGGAACUAUGGUGGAUAUAAAUAAACAAGAAAAAUAUGUAACGUUACUUAACGGAACUAAAUACUAUUAUGAUUUACUUAUUCUAUUAUUUGGAAAGCAGUAUCAACAUCCUCAUUAUUUGCAAAAUGUUAUGGAAAGAGGUGAAAACGGCAAAUUGGACGAGAAUCCGUCAUACGUUCGGCUAGACGUUCCGAAUCGUAAGGAUGCUAUACCGCAAGUUAUAACUUACGAUACCCCGCACAACGUUUUUAUAAUUAAUCACAUUGUAGAAGCAAAUAAAGCAUUAAAAUACGUCAACAAUGUGAUGAGAAGCGAAUGUGAUUAUAAAAUUAUUGUGUACGGAACGACAAUACAUGCCUACUGUUGUCUCAAUACAUUGUUAGAAAUGAAUGUUCCAGCUCAGAACAUUGUAUUCGUAGAGCCUUUCCCGCCUGAAGAUCAUACUAAAACAAGAGUUCCAAUUUUCUGUAAUGUCAAUGUAGACCGCACAGUGCGCGAAGUCCUCAACAAUCUAAAUGUAACGGUGCACCGUGCCUAUUAUUUCCAGUCUUGGACGGUCGGUUUUGACUGCCGAGUAAGCCAUGUCGACUUUGUAUCACAGUUCCAGAUUAUACGCGUUGAAUGUUCCGCCUUUUUCUAUUACGGGACGAAGGGUAUCGACAGUAAUGCGUAUCUUGCAAUAAUUAAAAGCGGUAUAGCAUAUGACGGUGGAAUACUAAUAGACCACCAGUUUCGCACAAAAGACCCAGCAGUAUACGCCGCGGGUACAGCCACUGCGUACUGCCGGAAAUAUUUCGCGCAAGCAUACAAACAGAAAUAUUAUGACUCAUACGAAAUAGGUGAAAAGUUGGGCGCACAAUUAAGGAAUGAAUUAGAUCCAUUGUUUACCGAGAAAGUUCCUACUUUUACCCGGAAAUCUGAUAGCUUUUCGUUCGCUGAAAAUACAGAAUCCGGGUCCACUAACUCAUACUCAAGCCAGAAUACUAGUGAAUCUUCUACAAGCAAAUCCUCCACUUCACAAGUUCAGAAUUCAACAGACGAGUCAGUUGAAAAGCUACCGAACCUAAAAAAGCCUAUAGUGACGCAUUGUACUUUACCUGGAGGUCUGCAGUAUUUAGACGUUCGUCCGCCUGGAAGGAAAAUACCACAUUAUUAUAUUCAAUCGUUGCAUUAUAAUGGUAUCGUAAUGGAAACUUUCAAGGAUGGUUACUUCAAAUUGCAUCUAAACAAUGAUUAUAUCGUAGAUGGUAUCACGUGUUUGAGUCUUCACACAUACCCAUUGGAGUGCUUCAAACAUAUCUAUGGAUUGUCUUCUUUAGUAUUGAAUAAUGUGCAUUUACGAUACACGGCAAAGAAAAUAGACGAUUUCUACGAAUUCUUCCGCUCGCCGUGGGCGUUCUUUUUGUACCACGAUCAAUGCGAUGAGUUAUUCGCUAUGGUCAAGGAACUUUUGCCGAAGGGUGACUGCAAAGGGAGUACUCUCAGAGAAGCUUUAAGAUCUGUAGCAAAUAAAAUUAGCAGCUCGUCUUUCGGACCCGAAACUAAACUCAAAAUCCGCACGAACUUCGAAAAGUCGCCGCAUAUAGAAGCAAUUACGGACUACGUGAUAGAAUGGUUGUCAGAGAACGACGCAAUACUACCGAUGUAUCUACAACCGUGGCAGAAAACUUACUAUAGCCACGAUGUUAACAGAAACACCACGUUCAUACGGAAAAGACGAUCUAUUAUAAAGUUGAUACAAGCUAUUUUGUAAUGUCACAUUGCCGCUAUAAUAUAGUCAUUUAUGUUUAUGAGUAUUUGGAAAGUGAAUUUUGGUUUAUAAAUUUGAUUUGAAACUAUUAAAAAAAUAUUAUAAUUUACGAUAAGGUCCAUGUAAAA